AUGAACUUCUUCACAAACAUCCGAGUUCCUCAGAUGAUCGAGGACGUAAAGGACUUACAGAACGGUCUAUUCGUAAGCCGAGACAUUUACCACUUCAUGGGGACGACUCUUAUACUUUUACCAAUACCGAACGCAUAUAUGGACCGGGAUGACAUCAACUACCUCCCCCAUGGCGACUGUCAUAUCAUGCUGCAUGAUCUCGAUCCCCCACCGAACCCACCACCCAUCUAUAACAUCAUCGUACAUAACGGUAGUCUAUUCCGUGUUGCGCCCCAUGAUUGGCCCCCGAACUUGCCCUUCGAAGCUGUAUACGCUUCAGCAAUGAUGAAGUCAUGGGGACUUGCGGCAUUCACUGAGUAG